AUGGACUUAGACGGCGGGGCGGACGUGGAUGCUGAUGUUGCCGCUCCAGGGGUACCAAAGAAGAGAACGUUCAAGAAGUUCAGUUUCAGAGGUGUCGAUCUCGAUGCUCUCUUGGAUAUUUCCACUGAUGAACUCGUCAACCUCUUUCCUGCUCGUGCUCGCCGAAGGUUUCAGAGAGGUUUGAAGAGGAAGCCAAUGGCUCUGAUCAAGAAAUUACGCAAGACUAAACGGGAGGCUCCACCCGGUGAGAAACCUGAGCCGGUUAGGACACACCUUCGCAACAUGAUUAUAGUUCCUGAAAUGAUCGGUAGUAUCAUUGGUGUUUAUAAUGGGAAGACCUUCAAUCAAGUGGAAAUCAAGCCAGAAAUGAUUUGCCACUAUUUGGCUGAAUUCUCAAUCUCAUACAAGCCAGUAAAGCACGGAAGGCCUGGUAUUGGUGCCACACAUUCAUCCAGGUUUAUUCCACUCAAGUGAAUGUCUUCACUCUUAGUUUUGUUGGAAUGUUGUUUUGUUAUUGAAGUUUGAUCGGUGUGUUUAGUGUUGUGGUUUUUCUGUUGAGUACUCAAAUUUAGAAAGACUUCGUUAAGCUUUGCAUUUCUUUCCAAUUUCCUCUUCCCCUUCUGAACUAUUUAUUACCAACACUCGGUCUGUUCCCAGCUUCAAAGUGGAUGAAAAAAUUAAACUCCAACUUGUUGGCCCAAA